CGGUGACGUCUCAGGUACACGUCGCCCAGUAGGACGUGCUUUCCGAACAUGGCGGCCGUGUAUCCCCUCCACGGUCCUGCUCUUUUGUAAGAAUUUACAUUUAAUCCCGCUUGGUAUCGAGUUGGGUUUUGUCAGUUGAAGCUGAGUUCAAAAUCAAGCCCUCCAAAGGCUAAAUUCUGGAGUGAGGGUGCUGCAGCUUUGGUGAAGUGUUAUGAUGCAACCUCCGCCUCGGGCCGGGGGGCCGCCUCCAAUUGGGGGCAUUCCCAAUGCAUUUCGAAGGACUCGACCUCAUAGGCAGCCAGGAAAUCCCAGUGGGAUGCUGGGGCCGGCUCAGCCCGUGCCACCUAUGACUGACCCCUUCGCGUUUGGCAGACAGGCCCCACCGGUCCCCCCCCCUCCUGCGGGAAAUCACCAUCCAACCUCCAACAGUAACCUACCUGUGCAAUCCCCACCGCUCGCUCCAUUCUACUCGGGUGGCCCCACCCCAGGUCAGCCAGCACAUCAUCUGCCGGAAGUUGCCCAGGGUCAUCAGCCCAUGGUUGCUGGAGUCAACAGCUUCGUCCCAGGAAAUGUUGCAUCCUCGGCCCCACCACCCAGGCAGUUCCCUGGCCUCGCGACUCCAAAUGCCCCCAGCGCAGAGGAAGGCUAUUUGAACACCAAGGAACAUGGAUCCUAUAUCACAGCAGGAGCCCUACCUCAGGGUGUAAACCCAUGUCCCGCCGGGGUUUUGGAACCUGCGUUAUACCAGCCCCUGGUUAUGCCGCCAACAGCGUCGCCGUGGAUGUCUGACCAUGGGAGUCGUCCCCCUUCAGUCCAGAACUACUUCCAGCCCACCAGUGAUAAUGCGCCUCAGCCUACCAGUUCGUCCCUCUCAGCUUGUCCCCCUGAUCCUUCUCAGCACGCCGCUCCCCCUGUUCCUUCAGCCCAUGCCUCUUCCAUAGCUCCUCCCCCUCAAGCCUCUUCUCCUCAUACAGCUCAGGCUGCUCCUUCUCCCUAUCCUCUGGCCCAGAAACAGGCAUAUUCAGCUCAGCCAGGUUUUGGUGGUCCACAAGGCACUCCCACUGGACCCGGUCUGCCUGAGUACCGCAAACCUGAGGGAAACGCUGGUGUCACCCAGAACCAGAAUUCUCAAUUCCAGGCCCACAACUAUUUUGGUCGGAACUGCACAGCACCUGACCCUUGGUUCACCCAACCCUCACGAGAACAUUUUUAUCACCAGAUGGGUGGGGGCUCGAGCGAUAAUCGGCCAAACUCUACAAAAGAUCAGCCGGGGCCGCAGCCAGGGCCGCCACCGGGCCCCUCAGGCCCUUUGCCAUAUGCUGCAGAUCCUGGCACUGUUUCACUUUUUUUCAAAGAGAAUGAUGUUGAAAAUGAAGAAACACUUGCAGGAGAAGGGAAGGCAGUCAAUGGUGUUUCAGCUGGGGAUACCUUUGGGGUAGGUUAUGGGAUGAACAUGUUGCCCCCCAGUCCUCAAAUGCCUCUUGUGCAGUCCCCGGCUGGAUCUGAGGUCUCCCAGCGAGGGGGUCUGAGCACGCCCGCAGACCGCAGUGGUCCGUUUACCGCUGAUCCUGCCGCUCCGUAUGCAAAUGACAGUGGAUUUGUGAGCGGCACCCCGAAACAGGAAAGACAGUUUGAUCACGUGGAGAACCUGGAAUGUGUGCCUAACCAAGAGGUUCUUCCUAGCGAGCCACAAAAAAUGGCCCAGACUGUUAGUGGAAACUCUGCUCCUGGGCAGGCUCAUACCGCUGCUCCUGGGCAGGCUCAUACCGCUGCUCCUGGGCAGGCUCAUACCGCUGCUCCUGGGCAGGCUCAUACCGCUGCUCCUGGGCAGGCUCAUACUGCUGCUCCUGGGCAGGCUCAUACCGCUGCUCAUGGUGGUGUCCACUAUGAGGGUGGACCAAAUUUGGAGACCCCAGAUUUUGUUGCAGGCCCAGUCAGGCCUGAGAGCGUUUCAUCCAGCUACAGCAAUGUGAGCCAGGGGAGUGUGUCUGGUGCUCGGCGCCCCCAGGGCGUUGUGGGCACCUUCAUCCAGCAGGAGGUAGCCAAACCCUUGGAGGACUCUUCAGCUGGCUACUUUGAGCAGAUUGACACUUCGCCUGCUGGAGAGGGCGCCCAGCAACGUGCGUCAGCUAAAAUAAGCCAUGGCCAGCUCUCUCAGCCUGUCACCCCUAGUCCUCCGAAGCCCACUGGAAUCUUUCAGGCCAGCCCCAACAGUUCCUUUGAGCCUGUCCAUGCCCAUAGCGUGGGCGUCAGGCCCUUUGGGGUCGACCAAGCUCGAGUGGUAGCCGAGAAGGGAGGUGGUGCUCAUCCAAGGGUAGGUGUCCCAGAUGCUUCUCUGGGCAACCUGGAGCAGCCGCCGGACAACCUGGAGAACAUCUUCAUGACUUCAACGCAGCACCCGGGUGCAGGGGUUCUAGAGAAAAGGCCCUCUUCCCGUUCCCAGGGAGCUCGUCUUAAGUGUGAGAGCCCCGCCACCACACUCUGGGCACAGAACGAGAUGGCCAUCACAAACGCCAACGUUGUGUUGGCCCCUGCUGCCCCGCCAGUGCAUGGGUUAGUAAAGCAGCCCAGCGCUGAGGUAAUUCAGCCCCCUGAGGAUGGCCCACUAGACUUGCAGGUUCCCCAGCAUGUUCAUUGUCCCCCCGAAAGACCCGACCACUCAUCAGAGAACCUUGAGAACCCUCCAAAAUUGGCUGAGGCUGAUCCAAAGCAUCCUCAGGCAAGUCUCGGCUACGCUUCUCUACUCGUUACUACACCACCCGCGGAAUCAUUCCCCAAUCAGCCUGUUUUGAUUGCACCCCCUUCAACAAAUUACUCUCUAAUUCCACCAAACAAUCCUCAUUCAAUCGUCUCUAAUGAAGUGUCACCGAAUCCCGGGGUUGAUGUCAGAAUCCUGCCUUUGCAGCAGCCUUCAGACAUGUGUGCAAGCACUGCGCCAACAGGUCCUGCGAAAGUUUCUAACCAUCUGGAGCACUUUGCUUUACCAGUCACCUCUUCUGGGAACUGCAGGCCUGCUCCAAAUCCAUCUCCUCUCAAUUUAACCCCAGAGAGCAGGCAGGUCGUAAAACCAGAUAACCCCACUGCGAUAUCCGCAGGCAGGCCACGCAACUCCUCUCUUCCUCAACCUGAUCCUCUCGGGGGUCCCAAUCACUCUGCUCCCCCUGUUAAUUCUCAGGCUCUGCCUCUCGCUGAUAAUCAUAAACAGCCUAUUAAUGAGCUGCUCGAUUUCGCGAUGUCUUUCCCUCAGAGUAAUCAAAACAAGACUACCACUGCAAGUACUAUGCCUUCUGGUGCUCCAUCCACGGCAGCGGGACUGAAGACGGUAACGCCAGUCAGUAACUCGGCAGGUUUUUAUCGACAGGUGACCAAAGACCCGCAGCAAGGAGGCAGUGGGGGGAGUGAGCUUCAGCCCCAGCCCCAGCAGUUGGCUGACUCUACUGUCCCGCCAGGGGGGGGCACCACCAGUGCCCAGCAGUCUGCCUUGUACUCAUCCCACAGGCCCGAGUCUCAGCCUAACUUUAUUGCAGGUGGUGCCCCUCCAAAUCCAACCACUCAGCCUCCUGCACCAGUCAACCAGUAUCCUCAUCCCUCAGUGCCGGGUCAGGCCCCACCUGGGCCAGGUGUUUCUGUGCCACCAGGAACUGUCCCUCCAGGGUCUGGUGAACCGCAUCAACCCCCUUAUCCUCCCCAGCCAGGCAACUCCUCCAGGCCGCCUUCGGUCCUGGGUGGACCUCCGGGAUAUGGGGGCAUGCCUCCAAUGCCUGGACCCAUGUAUGGAGGAUACUAUGGGGGCGCCUAUUCUGAGUACGUGGAUGGCAGACCACUAUACCCCCCUCAGUACCCUCCCUCCGACCCCAGAGCACAACCAUACUACCAGGACGAUCCCUACCGAAGGUAUGAUCCGCGUUACGGCCGACAUGAAGGGUCCAACUUGGGUUACCGGGACACGGAGCGAUACCAGCACAGGGAGCAGCCGGAGCGGCCCAGCUCUCGAGCCAGCCAGAACUCUGACAGACCCUCGUCCAGGCAAGGCUAUUCUGAAGAUUACCAGAGGGCGAACCGCAGUGCUUACGACGGAUAUUAUGGCGACUAUUACAAAAACUAUGGAGAUCGGAGGUGGGAGCAUUAUGACCCAAUGCUGGCCUUUGAUCCUCGAUACAGGGGCUACUACGACCAGUCCUAUUGGUAUAACUACGACCCUGAGGCCUACAGGGGCAGAGAAGGGUAUUACAGCCAGCCCUAUGCCAACAGGCGUGAGACCUACGGUGACCAUUGGCGCUACGACCCGCGUUACGACUCCAGCUUCGACGAGACCUGCUACCAGCGGGAUGCUUACGGUGACGAGUGUGACCGGCGCAGUGUGCACAGUGAGCACUCCACCCACAGCCUGCGCAGCUCGCACAGCCGCAGGAGCAGCUUCAGCUCACGCUCACAGCAGAGUCAGUUAUACAGGAGUCAACAGGACCUCGUGUCUGCGACUUACGAGCCCCCAGGCCAGGCACCCACCCUGUCCAUGGACUUCUCCUAUGGCCAGUAUCCUGACAGCACGGAUGGGCCUACCAGUACCCCUGCGGGCUAUACUGCCGAGGGUGGCUGGCCGGCUGUCGAGCAACCCCCGCCCCGCCCUGCGACCCCUGAGAAGUUCAUGAUGCCACAUCGGUGUGCCAGAUUCGGGCCCAGCGGCCAGAUGGUGCAGGUGCUGCCAAACCUGCCAUCAGCAGGGCAGCCAGCGCUGGUGGAGAUUCACAGCAUGGAGAUCAUGCUGCAGGACUUACCAGAGCAGGAGGACCUGCGCUCCUUCCCUGGACCUCUGGUGAAGGAUGAGACACACAAGGUGGACGUGAUCAAGUUUGCCCAGAACAAGUCUUUAGAGUGUCAACGGGACGACGGCCUCAUGGACAAGGAUUCGGCCAGACUCAUCUGGGAUUUCAUCAUGCUGCUGUGCAGGCAGAACGGGACUGUGGUGGGCACGGACAUAGCAGACCUCUUGCUGCGGGAGCACAGGUCCGUGUGGCUGCCGGGGAAGUCGCCCAACGAGGCGAAUCUGAUCGACUUCACCAACGAGCCGUUGGAGCGUGCGGAUGACGAACCGGGCUCGGUGCCGCUCUCGCUGCUCUCCGACACCUUCAUGACGGUGCCUGAGAACCCGGGCAAAGAGACCGAGCGCUUCCGGGAGCUUCUACUCUUUGGCAGGAAGAAGGAUGCUCUGGAGUCGGCCAUGAAGAAUGGCCUCUGGGGACACGCCCUCCUGCUUGCCAGCAAGAUGGACAACAGGACGCACGCGCGUGUCAUGACCAGGUUUGCUAACAGCCUUCCCAUCAACGACCCGCUGCAGACGGUGUACCAGCUGAUGUCUGGGAGGAUGCCGGCUGCAGCCACGUGCUGUGGAGAUGAGAAAUGGGGAGAUUGGCGGCCCCACCUAGCUAUGGUGCUUUCGAAUCUCACGCACGCCCUGGACCUCGACAUGCGCACUGUCGCCACCAUGGGGGACACUCUGGCUUCCAAAGGGCUGAUUGACGCAGCUCAUUUCUGCUACAUGAUGGCCCAAGUCGGCCUGGGCGUUUACACCAAGAAGAGCACAAAGAUGGUGCUGAUUGGCUCCAACCACAGCUUGCCGUUCUUCAGGUUUGCCUCCAAUGAAGCAAUCCAGCGGACAGAGGCCUACGAGUAUGCCCAGUCCCUUGGCUCGCAGCCUUGCUCCCUGCCCAACUUCCAGGUCUACAAGUUCCUGUACGCCUGCAGGCUUGCUGAGGCUGGGCUCUGCGCGCAGGCCUUGCAUUACUGCGAGGUCAUCUCCAAGGCUGUGCUCAGCAUGCCCUCUUAUCACUCUCCCAUGUUCAUCAACCAGCUAAUUCAGAUGUCCAUCAAGCUGCGCUUCUUCGACCCGCAGCUGAAGGAGAAGCCAGAGCAGGAGCUCUUCGUGGAGCCUGGCUGGCUGGUCCGUCUGCGGCAUCUAGAUAGUCAGAUCAGAGAUGGGAUGAUUUCUUACAGCUCGGGCAGGGCGACCCCCCAGCAGUAUGCCUGCAGCACACCCAGCUCGGAGUUCGACCAUCCGUCCCCCCCCGACCCCAUGGGCAUGCCCAUGGACAGUUCGGCCAAUCCGGACAAUGCGCUCAUGACGUCACUGCUGCCGAACCCAGGGCCACCCCUGUCUGCCGUGCAGCUCAUGCCACCAGGUGUGUCUUUCUCUGUGCGUCGGCCUGCCCGCCCGCCCGCCCGUCUUUCUCGUGACUUCUGUACCCCCGGCUCCACAAGUUGGCGAUGGGGUCCAGUUCUACCCCCGUUCCGCCCAGCCACCUUUGUCCAGUUCCUGGCCCUGUACCCCCCCCACAAGCCCAGAUGUCUGGAGCCAUGCCCCCCACGCCUGUCUAUGGCCCCGCCCUACCCAAUGGAGCAGACGUACCCUGUUCUUCCAGCGCCCUCGCAGAUUUCCCACGUACAGUCGCCCCCUUCGCCCCAGGGGCAUCAUGCCCCUCCCCAGACCUCCUCACAGCCAGCCUCCCCCUCCAGGAGCACCUUCACCCCCCAGAUGGACUUCUAUGACCAAAUGGAAUUCAUGGGUCCUGGAAGAAGGUCAAGAACAACUUCGCAGUCCUCAAUGCAUACGGGUCAGGGACGGCGCUCCCGCACGACUUCCGAGUCGUCCACCCACUCUGCGGGACGGGAGAGGAGCAACUCCAUGGCCAAACCGUCCCUGCCCACCCCUGAGCCCAUUCCGGAACAGCCACCCCAGGAGGUGCCGAAGAAGCAAAAGAAGGAGUCUCCUAAAAAGGGAAGCAGUGGAUGGCUGGGCUGGCUCUAUUGGAAGGGAAAGAAUGAAGCUCACCUGCCGGAUGACACAAACAAAUCGAUAGUCUGGGAUCCACAGAAAAAGCGAUGGGUCAACAUGGACGAACCCGAGGAGGAGAACAAACCACUGCCGCCCCCCCCAUCCAGCUUCCCCAAAAUGGCUCCCCUGGCAGCGCCAGGGGGUGCAGCUGGGCCGCCUAGUGGUGGACCACAAGUCAACAUGUUUUCCAGAAAAGCAGGCACCAAGAGUAGGUAUGUGGAUUUCCUGAACCCAGGGGGUACCAGCAGCAAGCCUGCAAGUUCUGUUCCCGCCCCAGCAGAAGUCUUCGCACCCCUGGCCCCGAUGCCCAUGCCCACCAACGUCUUUGUACCUGGUGCAGCCCCUGAUGAGCAGCAGCCUUUAGAGGGCAGUGUUCCAGAAGCAAGUCAACCUCCAGGUCAAAACCUUCCCAGUGCUAGUGCAGCACCACAGGUGACUAAGCAAACACUUUACCCUCCUGGCCAGGAGGGGGCACCUGUCAUUGAAGGAACUCAAUCCGGGGAGCUCUCGCGUUCUAGCUCAAUGAGUUCUUUAUCACGUGAAGUGAGUCAGCAUUUGAACCAGGUUCCCACCCAAACACCAGUGCAGGGUGGGCCGCCUGCUGGAGGCGUGACUUUCUACAACCCCACCCAGUUUGCACAGCCAAGCCCCCCCUCGGGUGGAGCCAAACAGGGUCCUUUUGGCCAGAGGAAAUAUCUAGCGAUGAAGUAGAGGUCGACAACUUCAGAAGAAGGACCCGUUCUAGAUCUGUGGCAGGAUCUCUCCUGCUGAGAUGGUCAGUUUUCCAGAAUUAGGACAACAAGAGGCAUUAAGUUCAUCUGCUGUCACAACCAGUGAACGAUCCUAAUGCAGAACGGCUACCACCAAAUCAGCAGCACCUCUAUUCUCCCUCAGCCCUAAAUCAUUAUUGCUGGAUUUAACCUCAACUCAUUUGCUAUGUGAAGUAUGUAGCUUGAGGUCCAGCUCAAAAGAUUAUCUGGUAUCCAACUGGAACUAGCAGUGGCACAGUGAUCUUGGAGACAAAUUUUCGAAAACUGCCUUGAUUUCGGGACCCGCAAAUCGAUACUGCAGACGCAUCUGGCCUUGGCUGUCUAAUGAAGCUGAAAAAGACAAUAAUCUAAACGUAGUACCCUGAACAUGAGAAGUAGAACUUCAGGAAGAGUGGAACCUCUGUCAUUCACGCCACCUAUUUCUGUUGACUUUCCCACGUUAAUGUCACUGAGCUCAUGCGUCUUCUCAUGUUUCUGUGUCUCAUUUAAAAGAUCUCAGACCAAAUCAGUUUGUCCAAAACCCUCUGGUACUUGUUGAUCUUAUGGUGAUCCUAUGCUGAGAAGAUGCUGUCAAACUCUUCCAGAGCUGAACUGUGUGGUUUUUUUUUUUUUUUAAAGUGCAAUAGUAACAUUUUGCUUUUCUUGUCACCUAAUUUCAAUAAGAUUUCUUGAUGGGAUAACAGCCCGAAUUGUUAGUGUACCUGAGUGGUCUUGGAGUGUUGGAAGGUUAUUUUAAGAUAUUUAUUGGAUUGCCAGCCCAACAUCCUAGCUAUCAGUAGCCAUGGCCUUAUUUUCUCAAUAACAGCCUGUUGGAGUCCAACUCUUAUGUCUUCGAGGAACUGCGUGAAUGAUUUCUACAGCAGUUUUAGGAUUGGUCACCAUUUUUAAUUGUCACAUGUAUCCAAAUAAUUUGUAUAUCUGUUCAGACUGUAUUUAUGACCUCUAGUCAAAAGUGUGCAAAGCAACUAAUAUUUCUAAUUUAUCCAUUGUAUGCCGUAGAUUUGCCAUUCUAAUCCAGUUGUAGGUAAGCGCUUCAGUGUAUGAAUCACGGAAAGAAUUCGAGUGAUAAGUGAUGGAGAUCUUGCUCUGACUACAGACAUCCACCUUUUUUCUUUUCCUUUAACUGUUGUGAUUAUUUCCCCGAAUUCAUAUUUAAUGUAUGCAGAAUCCUUUUAAUGUAGUUCCAAAGCUCUUUCUAUAUAGACCACUGAAAACUUUUGACAUAAAGUCCUUCAUUUGAAGGAGCCCUGUUGUGUUUCAAAAUUGACACUGUAAAAUUCUUGGGCAGAAUACGAAAUGAAUAAAAUAUUUUUGCGCUCUUGA